UUCAAUCUCAGUGGCACUACGAAAGAAACGCCGGUUAGCUCCAUUUUACCAGCGCGAACUCCAAAACCCGCUUUAAACCCCCAAAAAUAAUUCCGCCGCCGUCUCCGUUAUCUUCCUCCUCCUCCUCCUUCCGCCGGCGACUGCGGGGAAGCUCGCCAACGCACGCCUCGGCCACAGAUUUGACCCAAGGGUGUGAAGGAGAUUCAACUUUGGGUUUGGAAUGAACUGCUUGUCUAGGUUAUCUGCAUACUCCGCAACCAUCUUUGGAAGGUCGACCAGCCAUUUCAUUGUCAAGGGCACCUGGAAUCAGUGUUCAAGCCCCAUUUGGAAACACAGCUUUGAGCUUAGUUCUGUUAGAACUGGGAACCCGAAACUCGUCUUUCCCAAGUUCGCCACCCGGUGCUACUCAUCCGAGAAGCCCAAAUCGAAAACUCCGCGGAAAAGAAAGUCGUUAGAGCAGAAAGAAACAGAUAUGGAGAAAGAUUCUUUCUUUGUGGUGAGGAAGGGGGAUGUUGUUGGUGUGUACAAGACUUUUAAUGAGUGUCAGGCUCAAGUUGGAUCUUCAAUAUGUGACCCUCCUGUGAGCAUUUACAAAGGGGAAUCGUUACCGGAUGAAACCAAAGAGUACCUUGCAACUUGUGGGCUUCAGAAUGCUAUAUACACUAUUCGAGCUCAAGAUUUGAAGCCUGACCUCUUUGGCACUCUUGUACCUUGGCCAUUUCAGCAACCUGAUCAUUCCACGGAACAAAUUGAUGCCCGGGAUGACAAAAAGAGAACCCUAGAUAUGAUGAUACCACAACCAGCGGAAGCAGGUGGAACAACCACAUUGAGUAUAGCUGAUCCCUCAAAGAAGGCUGUCCGAUUGGAUUAUCAAAUGGCUACUCCACUACGUUCUCUUGGUUAUGACCCGGAAUUUUGUACCCUCGCGUUUGAUGGUGCUUCAAGAGGAAACCCUGGACCUGCAGGAGCCGGAGCUGUUCUACGGACAAGUGAUGGAACUUUGAUCUGCCGGUUGCAAGAAGGAUUAGGCAACAAGACUAAUAAUGUGGCUGAGUAUAGAGCUGUACUUCUUGGAAUGAAAUAUGCUCUCCAGAGGGGCUAUCGAAAAAUACGCAUACAAGGCGACUCCAAGCUCGUGUGCUCUCAGGUUGAUGGUACAUGGAAGGUCAAGCAUGCUGGCAUGGCCGAAUUAUGCGAUAAGGUCAAAGAGCUUAAGGACAGAUUCGUCUCAUUCGAGAUUAACCAUGUUCUGAGGGAAUUCAACGCGGAAGCUGAUGUUCAGGCGAAUCUUGCUGUCAAUCUUCGUGAGGGAGCAGUUCAGGAGGUUUACGAAUAGCAGCAUAGCUACGUACACAUAAAGCUUGUUUCUUUUCUACCUGGUUUUCUCUCUUACCUGCCAUUAUCCGAGCGACUGAAAUAGUCAAAGAUAUUCGACAUUCCUGAUGGGUAGAGAGGCUUCACAUUCAGCACAGGAGAUGUCGAAAGAGGCCAGUUUUUGCAAUGUGAUUUCCAGUGCCCAUGCAGGUUUGAACAACUUAUUAUAAACUCUCAGAAGAUGGACUAUAUACCUUUUGAUGCUUGCAUAGCCAUUUUGGAUACCAUCGAACUUGCCAUAUUUUUUUCAAACCUAUAGAAAGUAAAAUCCAGCUAACUUUUCAUCAAACCCCUACUAGGAUGAUGAUAUGCUAAAAGGACUAGGGUGGCUGCAGGCACUAAUUCGUUCCAUUGAUUUUUUCGAAACAUUGAAGGAUACUAAGCUUUUUUGCGACGGACAUAUCAAAACAUUACCUAAGCUUUGAUAAUGGCCAUAAUUAC